GAAAGAGACUCGCUCUCAACUUUAAUAUUUGAACAAAAUGAAACAAGAAUUUGGAAGCUGACUUCAUCCAAUCUGCAAAUGAGCACAUUAAUAAGAUAAAGCCUCAUUUGCAUAUUAGAACAGGACAUUUCUGACAACGUGUAAUACAAAGGAAUAAUGUCUAAAUAGAACUAAUUCUUUGGGGAGGUUUCAGGGGGUAUUCAUAAGAUGUUUGUUUUAUCUGAUUCAGCUUAAAUUCCACAAUACCUAAAAAUAUCACCUUUUGUCUCACUGUAUGUUGUUUAUUUCGGAGGCUAUAACUUGAUAUGAUCCAGCCUUCCUCAGGUGUUCUCUUGCCAAAAUAAAGUCCCAGAUUUGCACAAAACAAGGUCAGGAGAAUAAUGUGAGCUUUAUGUGAAAUGAGAGGGAAUCAUCUGGAAGCCAGACGAGACUGAAAGCUGAGACUCCAGAACAAUGAAGGCGUGAAAACAGAUGAAACCCAAGAGUCAGCGCGACAACACUGGUCAAUAAAAAGGUGUAUUUAAAGGGAGACAUGCCUCUGCAGCUCUGUUGCACCGACCUCUGACCCCCGAGCUUUAGGAGAAGUCGUGGGAAAUAAAAUAAUGACUCGAGAGAGGCGGGGAAGAUCUGCGGGAUAAAAGGCUGCAGAAACACAGACACUCAACUGCUGCGGGAAGAGCUCCCUCCUCAUCGUCACCAUGAAGGCACUCACCGUGACCCUGACCCUCGCCCGCUUCCUGUCCCUGAGUGUCUCCAUGGCGAUCAACAACUCCCUCAGCACCCGGACGUCGGGGCUGUGUGAGUACUUGGUGCAGCUGACGCCGCCGGGCAUCCCCGGUGCCUUCAUGCCACAGUGCGACGCCAACGGGAACUUCCUGCCGCAGCAGUGCGCCAAAUCCACCGGGUACUGCUGGUGCGUCGACAUCAUCACCGGAGGGGAGAUCCCCAACACCAGGACGCCGCCGGGGACCGUACCCGUCAACUGUGACCGGGAGUUCUACUGCCCGUACGGCUGGUCCCGCUUUGGCCGGCAGUGUUUCAUCUUCAUCGACUCCCCGAAGACUUGGGUAGAGGCGGAGAGCUACUGUAUGUUCGAAGGCGCUAACCUGGCCUCAGUCCGGAGUCCGGAGGAGAACCACUUCCUGCAGGCACUGACCCGAGAAGAAACCCAUGACUUCCCCCCCACCUGGAUCGGAGGCCACAACUGCGUGAACGUGUUGUUCUGGAUGUGGAGUGACGGCUCCAGGUUUCUGUACGAAAACUGGAACACGGAAAGCAACACGAAGACCAGCGAGCACUGUCUGAAGAUGAACCAUGGCUAUGAGAAGAAGUGGGAUCCCGCCUCCUGCGACACACGGCUGACCUUCCUCUGUGCCAAGAGGGUCUGAUCAGCCGGGGUUUGUUAUUUUAGAUAAAUAUUCAAGCACAGAAGCUCCCAGAGGUUGGCUUUUAUUUUCUGCAUUUAAAGUAAGUUUGUAUAAACGAAGAACUGUGAUGCUGGAAUUAUUAAAAAAUGCAUGAAAAGUGAAAAGUUCAUUUCUCUCCUCACGUCAGGUUUUAAAUAAGGAUACAAGAGGUGUGUGUGUGUGUGUGUGUGUGUGUGUGUGUGUGUGU